GCGUGAACAGUGGCUAUUUCUCAACACAUGUACACACCCUGCUAAAAGGAAGGUGGAAAAUGCUUUCGGUUUCAUACCACCGAGGCUGACAGGAAAAAGCCAUGGCCGACAAGGAUCUGAAGGGCAAGAGGAAGCAGUUCAUCAACUCAGUCAGCAUGGGGACAGUCAACGGCUUGCUGGAUGAACUCUUCGAGAAAAAUGUGCUGAACCAGGAGGAGAUGGAGAGAGUGAAAUGUGAAAACGCUACAGUUAUGGAUAAGGCCCGAGCGCUGAUCGACAGCGUCCUGCGAAAAGGGCCACGGGCGUGCCAGAUCGUUAUCUGUCACAUCUGUGAGGAAGACACCCACCUUGCAGAGACGCUGGGGCUCUCCUCAAGCCCACAAUCUGGAAAUUCUCAGAACACCACGGACUCUGAAGUAGCGUUUCCUCCUCUUCCAGAGGACAAACACGACAAAAACCCAUUUAAGAUUUUGGAAUCUGUGGGCAAAGAGCUCCUUACUGGCGUUUUGCAAGACUUGGUGGAGAAAGAUGUCCUGAAAUUGGAGGAAGCAGAAAAGAAAAAAUUUCAUGAUGCCAAACCUGGAGACAAGCCCCGGGUCUUUCUGAACUCAGUGCGUCAGAAACCCAAGGAGGCAGGUCAAGCCAUUGUCCAAACUUUCCUUAAUAUGGACAAGCAUUCUACCAGUUUAGAAGCUAGCGUGAAUAACAUGCCUGGGCCGGCUGAGCCAGAAGAAUCUGUAGAUGCUCUCAAGCUUUGUCCUCGUGAAAACUUCGUGAAACUGUGUAAACAGAGGGCUGAAGAGAUCUACCCAAUAAAGGAGAGAAAGGAUCGUACUCGUCUGGCUCUCAUCAUAUGCAAUACGACGUUCGAUCAUCUUUCUCUCAGGAAGGGGGCUGACCUUGACGUUGCAGGGAUGAGGAGGCUGCUUACAGACCUUGGCUACAGUGUGCACGUAAAGGAGGAACUCACUGCUAAGGACAUGGAAUCAGAGCUGAGGGCAUUUGCUGCCCGUCCAGAGCACAAGUCCUCGGACAGCACAUUCCUGGUGUUCAUGUCUCAUGGCAUCCUGAGUGGAAUCUGUGGGACGAAGUACAAUGCUGAAGGAGACCCAGAUGUAUUGGCUUAUGACACCAUCUUCCAGAUUUUCAACAACCGCAACUGCCUUAGUCUAAAGGACAAGCCCAAGGUCAUCAUCGUCCAGGCCUGCAGAGGUGAAAAUUUGGGGGAACUGUUGGUCAGUGACUCUCCAGCGGCCCCAAUGGACAGCACUACACAGAUGGGUAGCAGCCUUUCACAGGUGGGUGACAACCUAGAGGACGACGCCGUUUACAGGGUCCACGUGGAGAAGGACUUCAUCGCUUUCUGCUCCUCAACCCCACAUCAUGUGUCUUGGAGAGACGUGAACAAGGGAUCUCUCUUCAUUACACAACUCAUCACGUGCUUCCAAAAGUAUUCGUGGUGCUCUCAUCUGGAGGAAGUAUUUCGGAAGGUACAACAGUCAUUUGAAAAACCAAAUGUUAGAGCCCAGAUGCCCACCAUUGAACGACUAUCCAUGACAAGAUACUUCUAUCUCUUCCCUGGCAAUUGAAAAUAGCAAUCAUGGGCAGUCCAGCCCUUCUUGACCAACUGGAAAAGUACCUUAGCUAGCACAACACACUCAUUUAACGUUUGGUAUCUCAAUAAAAAUGAAAACAACUAAACUGUGCCCUGUAAAUCCUCCAAAAGAGAAUACAAUUUCAAUUAAAAUGGUGGCUGGUUGGAAAUGAAGUGUAAGAAGCAAGCUGGGUUUUCCAGCUUAAUGACUCCUAUAGUCUCUGCAUGUCACUGGGUGAAGACAGCUGGCCAUGACUUUGGCCCUCAGUACAAGGUGAAAGGAGACGGUGCCCAUCUGGAGACCAACACUGUAAAUUAGCUCCCCAUUUGUACACUCUCAAACCCUGGAUCUAUAUGAUGAUGUAGAACAAAUUUUCUAAUUCAUUACUUAAUCAACAUGAUCUGUUGGGCUCAUUUUUUUUCCUCAGUAAACUAUUAUGAUUUCAGCAAAUUAAUCCCAUAUAUCUUUCUUCCCAUAAGUUAAUUUUCUUGUUAUUGUUUUCCUCAGACUCUGCAUGUUCCACAUUUCAGAAAAAUUUUAUCCCUUGCAAGCUCUUGGCUAUUGAGAUCAGUUGGGCUUUGAUUCAAGACGGUAUAAAGUCAGUGUAUUUGUAGAGAAAUACAAAUAUAAUUGCAUAAAUGGCAGUAAAGUGAAAGGGGGGUGUUAGUAAUGGAAAAGACAACAUCCACAGUUCUGGAGGGAUGAAUGUUGGUAGAGGAAUUUGGGCAACAUGGCCAUCAGAACUACUAUGGAAGGAGAUGUACCACUUCUGCUAUGCGUACAGAGAAUGCUGGAUAGAUAUUUUAACACAUGGCUGAACUAAAUUUAAAAAAAUAAAAGGAUGCUCUAGAUAUCAAAUGUAACUAUAAUAGUUAAAUUUAUACAGAUCAAUUGUAUGUCAGGAUUAAUGUAAAGAUUUUGAUUAUUGUGAGGGAUUUUUGUAUAUAAGUAACUAAUUUAAUCAUAACAACAGCCCUGUAAUUAUCAACAUCCCUGUUUUACAGACAGUGAAACAAAACAACAUAGAGCUUAACUGACUUGUCCAAAGUCACAGUCAGCACGUGGCCACAACAAGAUAGGAGUGCCCAGACUCACUCUGGAAUCAGAAUUAUUAACCAUUGUGCUGUGUUGCCUCUUCAAAGCAAGGAGAGACUAGAAUGGCAGGGAUUCUGAACUAUAGGGGUUAAGUGAAUUUUGAAUUGCAACGGGUAACUAAUGUUACAAAGAUUAAUGAUGUUUUUAUUUCUGGACUUGGCCUACCUAUGUAGAAACAUGAGCCACAUCACAAAGAUCCAAAGACACAUAUUAUAUACACCUCAUUCUCUGGCUACUGAGUGUUAAUAUUAGAAAUCCACUAGCAGAAAGACUGCCUCACAUCUCAACUCAAAAUUGAAAUAUAUAAAUCAAUCAGUCAAUAAAUGCACAUACAUAAUUCAUAUACAUAUACGAGUGUAGAUGUACAACACAUAAAAAACAAGGAAGAAAAACAUAUGAACGAAGCAUUCAACUUGAGAAGUCCGAAGAAUAGUAAACCAAUACAUAAAAAGAAGUAAGCAAAUAAUAAAGAUUAAAAAGAAAUCACGAAUAAAAUGGUAAGGAAACAAAGGACUGAGCAGGUCAUUAAAGCAAACGCUGGCCCUUUAACAGGAUGAAUCAAAUCACAGACAUUCAGCAAGACUGAAAAUGAAAAAACAGAAUUAGCACAAAGACAGUGUCAGAAAUACAAAGGUACAAUAAAUACAGACAAAAAUAUACAGAAAAAAAACAGAGAAUAUCAUACAUAACACAGGAAAUAUAUGGAAAUUUUUCCAGAAAAGGUAAAUUAAUACACAAGAAAGUAAGCAGAAUGGAUCCAUAAAAAUUCAAGAAAUUAAUUUUUAUUUGUCAUAUCUAACAGCAGAAAAGGUUAAUAGACCCAAAUCGUUGUAGACAGGUCUUACAAAACUUCUAAGAAACUGAUGAGCUCUACUUUAAAUAAACACUUCCACAUCAAAAAGAGAAGUACACUUCUUAAGUUGUUUUACAAGGCUUCUCCAAAACUGAAACAAAAUUACAGAAGAAGAAAAGUUAGAAAAAUAUCAGCUGAUUUUUCAUUAAAUUUAUGUAAAGAUUCUAAAAAACAUGCUAGCAAAGAAAAUCUAGCCAUAACUGAAAUAAUAUUAAUACUUAUUAACUAGUAUUUAAUGAUACUAGUAUUUACACUAAGAAUGGGGUGACAGUGUAAUAACAGACAUAUUUAUGGUAGCGUUCCUCAAAAAAAGAAGAUGAAAAAGUAGAUGCAAUAAUUUUAAGAAGUUUAUAAAGGCAUUCUGUAGUAUUCAGAAAUUGUUUAUAAUAAAAAAUAGGGGCACCUGGGUGGCUUAGUCGGUUGAGCAGCAACUUUGGCUCAAGUCAUGAUAUCAAGGUUUGUGAGUUUGAGCCCCUCAUCGGGCUCUGUGCUGAUGACUCAGAGCCUGGAGCCUACUCCAGAUUCUCUGUCCCUCUCUCUCUGCCCCUCCUCCAUUCACACUGCAUCUCCCUCUCUCUCAAAAAUAAAAUAAACAUAAAAAAAUAAAUAAAUAAAAGAUUAAAAAUUAAAACCUUAAGAAAACAGGAAGAAAACCAAUUCCUUAAUCUAACGCAUAUAUUUAAUAAAAAGCCUACCAAUAAAAUAGAAAUAGAGGAAAAACAAUAUGAGAAAAUCUGUAGCCUUCUUAUGCAGAAGUAUUUGAGUAUUAUCUUUAUAUAACAUACAAGUAAAAAAGAUUUCUAAUCAAUUUUGCACUAGCGUUCCAAGCCGAUUAAGCCAAAAGUAAAAACUGUGGGACACAAGAAAUAAAAUCAUUACUGCUUUUGAAAAAUAUGAUUUUAUUCAUUAAAAAUCUCUUCCAAUUAAUAAUAAACUCCUUGGAUUUGCAAGAGUUCAAAUCAGUAUACAAAAUUUAACAGCAUUCUUGUAUUCCAAAGAAAAUCAGGAAGUGUUUGCUUUUUUAAAGCCUCUAUUUGCAGUAAGAAGAGAAUAACAUAAGAUACUUGAAGAUAAUCCUAAACAAAUAGUCACAAGGCAUAUAUGGAAAAAUAUAUUUUAAAAAAUCCUUGAGUGAUAUAUAUAUAUAAAAAGAUUUAACUACUGUGAGAGAUAUAUAAUCCCAUUGAUUAGAAGACAAAAAAAUAUAAAGGUUUCAAUUUCCCACCCAAAUUAAUCUAUAAACCCAAGAGAACAACAAAGAAAACAUAAUAGCAUAUUUUAUUGAACUUAAUAGGUUAUUUAUACACUUUGUUUGGAAGGUGAAGUAGUAGGAAUAGCUAAGAAAACAAUUUUGUUUUAAAAGGAUGGAGAUUGCCUAAAUGUGAAUCAAGACAUGAUAUAUAACUCUAUGAAGGGAAACAAAAACAAACAUAAACUACUGGGACUUCAUCAAGAUAAAAAGCUUCUUCAUAGCAAAGGAAACAAUCAAUAAAAUUACAAGGCUGUCUGUGAAGUGGGAGAACAUAUUUGUAAAUGACAUAUCUGAUAAAGGGUUAGUAUCCAAAAUCUAAAUAGAACUUAUCAAACUCAACACCCAAAAAAUACAUGGUCCAGGUAAGAAAUGGGCAGAAAACAUGAAUAGACACUUUUCCAAAGAAGACUUACAGAUGGCCAGUAUACAUAUGAAAUGAUGCUCAACAUCACUCAUCAUCAGGGAAACACAAAUCAAGACCACACCGAGAUACCACCUCACACCUGUUAGAAUGGAUAAAAUUAACAACACAAGAAACAAUGGAUGCUGGUGAGGAGGUGGAGAAAGGGAACCCUCUUGCACUGUGGUGGGAAUGCAAACUGGUGCAGCUACUCUGGAAAACAGUCUGGACACUCCUUAAAAAGUUAAGAAAAAUAGAACUACCCUAUGAUCCAGCAACUGCAUUAGGCAUUUACACACAGAAUACAAGAAUACUGAUUCAAAGGGUACAUGCACACCAAUGUUUAUAGCAGCACUAUGUACAAGAGCCAAGUUAUGGAAAGAGCCCAAAUAUCCACUGACUGAUGAUUGGAUAAAGAAGAUGUAUUAUAUGUAUACACUGGAAUAUUAUUCAGCCAUCAAAAUGAAUGAAAUCUUGCCAUUUGAAACGAUGUGGAUGGAGCUAGAAUGUAUUAUGCUAAGCGAAAUAAGUCAGAGAGAGACAAAUACUGUAUGAUUUCACUCGUGGAAUUUAAGAAACAAGAGAUGAACAUAUGGGAAGAGGGGAGAGAGAAGAGAAGGAAACAAACACAAGAGACUCUUUUUUUU